AUGGUCACAAGGUCGCAGGGAAACGAGACAUGUUCGUUUCUCCCUAUCCAGGGAACUCCCCAAGUGUGGGUUGCCAUGUACUCAGACGAGCAUGGGCAGGUGCGACAAGCAUCCAACACUGGGGCCGAGUUUUUCGAUCUCCAAGUUCAGACACGUUUCCUUGAUUUCGCUCUGGCCCAUCAGAAUGAAUCCAUGCAGCCAGUCCCGUUGAAUAUUAGCAACAAGGAUGAGGUGAACACGUUUUAUUUUGAUGCUUUCGAUCGCUUACAGCAGUCAAAUUGCCGUGGGAUCGCCGUGGAGUUAAUCAAAGCCGUUGAACCGCGGAAACAAGCCAUGCACCCUUACAGAUCAGGCGAGGAAACAAAGCCUGGCUGGUGGCCUGCUGAUGUUCCACAUAAAGAACCAGCUCAUCUUCGCAAAGAACGUAGGUUCAGCCCCCAUUUGAAAGCCUAUUCACUUACAGAUCUAGAUCGAAUGAAAUUGCUUCUUCACAUCAUGCAGGAUCUUUAUCUCCCCAACAUCAAUGCAGAAAUACUCCACGAAGCUGCUAAACGGGCUGUAAUUCAACCCCCGGAGAAAUCGAAAUUACUCGAUCAAGUUUUUCGCGUUCGAAAAAAGGCGGAAGAGUUGAUGAUGUGUCAGAGUGAUCCGACUGUCUUCGAUGGAAGUGAAGCAAAGCCGAAACAUCUAAAGAGAGAAUACUCAGAGGAUCCCGCACUGCAACCAAGUUCUUAUACGUCCGAGGACACGAACUAUAAGAGGCGACGGUGGCAAACAAGCCAAUUGGAUCAUGCCAAUUCAAUAACCAGCACACCCGGAGAAAUAGUUGUCUUUCCCCAAAGAGCUUUUGAAUACGGGAACAAUGCAUCUUCCAGGCUUGUGAAUCUCAACGAACAAGCUCCUCUCCGCCAUUCAAUGCAAUCGCUAUCGUGUUCCCAAGAUACUGUGCCCCAGCCAACCAGCUACCAUACAUUCACACCAUUUUAUAGUUCUCAGUACUGCACUUACAGUGCAUCUCAAGCGCUGCUUCCCACAGGGCCAUCCGUGGACUUUUACCAGCAUGCGCAUGCACAGCCAUAA